AUGGGAGCGGCCAGCGCGUCAUCCCGGGGCAGCCACGAAGCCGAGCCCACCUCCUCCCUGCCCGGGUUUCGGGGUCCCCGGGGUGGGCUCGGCUGGUCUAGAGACAGGCUCCGCGUCCUCGCGGUGGAGUCGGUGACCCCCGCGCCGCUCACCCACGGACGCGGAGCCCCGGGGGCCCCCUUGGUGCGCGCCCUCGCCGAGGGCUCGGUGCAGGGACCUGGCUCCCACUUUGUGGAUGGCAGUGUGCUCCGUGAGGAUGGGGAGAGGUGCCGGGCGGUGGUGGUGCUGGCGGGAGGGGGGGGGGCCCCACGCCCGCUCUGGCCUCUUGGGUCAGGCCCUCCCACUCUCCUCCCCUCCCCCGCCGCCUGUGUCUCGGGAGCCGGCUGUGCCUGUGAGAGCCUGCCGGCCCGUGGGACCUUCCCUUUUGUUCGCCCCGACCUCUACCUUCUCUACCUUGUGCUGACCCCGCUGGGGUGCGGGGCUCCCUGCGGAGGAGGCCGAGCUCAAGUGCGGACGCAUGGAUCUCCGGCCCCCACCCCUGCCUUCGCGAUUGGCUCCCGGAGGAGGUGGCUGGUGCGGCCGCUGCUGCAGCAUUUCCUAGGGAGCCGCGACCCUGCGCCCGCCACCGCCACUGCUGUCACCAGCCCGGCCCCAGGGGUGCCCCAGGCUCCUCGGGACUCUCCGAGGCCACUCAGGCACGUUACCAAUGGGGGCCAGGACUCUCAGAGCGAAAGGAGCCUGGACUGGGCUGGGGGACUGAACACGGGACACCCACCCCCUUGGGACUUGUCUGCCGGCUCAGGGACCCAGCAGGUGGACAAGGACACGGUGGCACCUCCUUCUAAAGAAGGGGUCGCUGGUGAUGCCGGCUCACUAGCACUUCCGUCUCGUGCAGGAAAUAAUAUUCUGCCAAAGCCUUUGAGGCGGGCUCAGGGACUGGUGAGAGCGUUUGUGCAUCUCUGUGAAACUGUCGCACUCACGUGAGAAGCGUCGCAUCUCGGAAUGAACUGCUAUUGAGCAUGAUGAGAUUGACCCACAGAACGGGUAGAUUAGCUGCCGCAGCCAGAGUCCAUCAAAAUGAACAUUGCUUAAAUUGCAAAUUUUACCCAAAAAAUGCUCAGAAGUAAAAAUGAGUGAACCUGAGUGGCCAGGCUAUCUUCCGGGCCCUGGCGUGGCUGGGCAGUGCUGGCCUGGAAGUUUCUGGGCAGGGACAGCCAGAGGUGGAUGGGGCGGUGCCAUCGCAUGAGUUGCCGCCACCUUCGCAUAAAGGGUAACCCAGCAAUCUGAGAGGCUUUGUGCUGACUCAGCCCCGCCAUGCACGUCCGAUUGCAGAGGCCUCCCGUGCUCUCUGCAGCCCAGCUUCCGCCUCUGCUGCCCCUGGGCAGAACGCUGACCUCGGGGUGGCUGGGCUUGGACCCUGGCAAGGGAGACUCUUGGACGGGCACGCCGGGCUCUGUGAGGGACCCUGGCCUUGCCUGCUGUCCUUGGUCAACCCGCAGCCUCUGUCCAUGUGAACUGGAGUCAUCGCACCCAAGAAGAGGUGGGCAUGGCUCUUGGGAAGGGAAGGCGCCUGCAGACAGCAGCAGCAGCUCCCAGAGCCUCAUGCCAUCCGCGCCUUCCUGAGGUCCAGGGCCCAGCUGGCCAGAGCUUAGGCUGGGAGGUCCCUCCCAGGAGGCCCCUGGGUGCCCAGGGAGGACUCUGCCUUUGGGGAAGACUCUACUUUGGUGCUCAGAGUGAGUCCCAGCCGGCUCUGACCCCUGGAAGGCCGUCCUGCCGAGUGGGGAGGAGCAGCAGCUGUAGCGGAGAAGCGGGGGAGCAGGGAGCAGGGCAGGCUGCUGCAGAGCAGUGCAGGCAGAUGCAGGGCCGUGCGUCUCAAGGGCAGAGAGCAGAGGUCCACCUCCGGCAACUCCACUGCCGGCUCCCUUAGAUGGGACGCAGGGCUGAGGUUCCCGCAUAGCAGUCACCACAAAGGUGCGGUGAGCUCAGCCGAUUCACCCAGGUUUUGGAGGCACCACUAAGCCUCAGGCCAGGUCUACCUUUUGCACCGGGUGGGCUGCUCCAGUGUAGUGUAGCGCGUGAGGCUGAAGGACAGGGAUGCUGGGGGCACAUUGUUCCUCUUGGGCCUCCUAUGUCCACCCCAGGAAGAGGACAAGGGAGACAGGGCUCUGUUUCAGCAGUUCCAGGUGCAGCAGGCUGCUCCCUGGCUGGGAGGUGGUAGGUCACCCAGCAGCCCUGGCAGUUGGGAGUCUGGGGUCUACUCCCCACAGGGUCAAGCGACUCCUUGGCUGGGACUGGAGGCAGUGUGUGCCCGCAUGUGUUUGCAUGAGCGUGCACGGAGGGCGAUUUCCGAGAUGAUUGGGACAACGACCCAGAGUAUUUUUAACAGCGGCAGGAGAGGGGGU